AUGGCCAAUUAUCUAAUUUCGUUCACGAGGGUUAUCACAACUCAUGACCCAGAAAGUGGCAAUGCUAUAUUCGAAAAGAAUAUUGAUAGUACCGUGCCGUUCGAAAAAUUUCCAGUUCCGACGGGAAGGCCUCCCACAUCAGACUAUGCUCUUGCAUAUUCGACCACAACGUUCCCGGUUCAGGGCCUUUCGCCAAGCACAUCAGCCACAAAUGAAUCCAAGGCCAAUCUAGAUGUCAAACAGUAUAAAUCCAGCUUACAAAAUUUGUCGCUUUUGAAUCCAGAUAGUGGCACAGCUUGCACCAUAGUUGAAGUGCCAUAUGGCAACGACAUUGCUAUGCAUCGGACAGUCAGUCUGGAUUAUGGUGUUGUUAUUGAUGGAACUACUGAGUUAGUACUUGACUCGGGAGAGAAGAAGACUCUCCGCAAGGGAGACGUUUUUAUUCAACGAGGAACAGCCCACGCUUGGCGCAAUCUCACCAAACAAGACGAUAACAAUGGUACAUUGCACAUCUUCUUUGUGUUUCAGCCGAUUGAGAAGAUUCAAGUUAAAGGCGGCGAGUUGGAUCAAGAUUUGACUCUAGGUAUAAAAUAAGCUUCUGUGGUAAGAUUCAUCGUGUUGGAAUUCAUCAGCUUGAAGGAGUAGCUCU